UAUUUCUGCUGCGACUUGAAUAGACAAGGGAAGGAAGCAUGACAGAAAACCCUAAUUAUACUUUGUUUAUAAUGUUUUCAUGGCUUUACAUCAAAUCUAGAGAUCAUAAUGCGAAAGAGAUAUAGGAGAAAAUGUGUCAAACUUUGCUGAAAUUGACAGGGGUGUGCGUGUUAAGCCUGGUAGGCUUAAUUACAGUGGCAACAACAUUACAGCCUAGUUCCCUUACAGUUCAUGAAUCUCUGAUCUAUGUGUCAACACUGAGCGGGACAUUCCAUGCCGUGAGCAAAUCCACAGGGAAAAUAGUGUGGUCUUUGGACGAAGAACCAGUCCUUAAAGUUCCAACAGCUGUUGGCCGGCUAAGUUUUCUCCCUGACCCUAAGGAUGGAAGUUUAUAUGCCCUGAGUGAUGGAAGGGAGGGAAUCAAGAAGCUGCCCUUUACCAUCCCCCAGCUAGUGACUGCCUCCCCUUGUAAAAGUAAUGAAGGGAUGCUGUACACAGGUCAUAAAAAGGACACAUGGAUAGCCAUAGAUGUCGCAACUGGAGCCAAAAUGCAGACGCUGUCCAGCGAUGGAACCCAGAAAAUGUGUCCGUCCAGUGCCGAAAAGGUCAUCUACAUCGGGCGCACAGAGUACACCAUCAACAUGUUUGACAGUAAAACUGGUAGUAAAAGAUGGAAUGCAACAUUCAUGGACUACUCAUCCCAUGUUGGGGAAGUGAAAGAAUAUGACUUUCGACAUUUCACCGCUAGUUCUACAGGGAUGGCUGUCACCCUUGACAAUAAAUCAGGAGAAGUGCUAUGGUACACAGACUUUCAGUCUCCUGUGGUAGCCAUGUACACAAUGGACCAUGAUGGUCUUCAGAAGGUACCCUUCACUAGCUUUGCUCCUGAGACUUUGGAUCACUUGACUGGACAACUAUCUUCAGAACACUGGAGAAGCAAGUUCCUAUUGCAUGGAAAGCAGGAAGUUUUCUAUCCCACACUGUAUGUUGGAGAAUAUGAACAUGGAUAUUUUGCCACAAAUUCUCUGGUGGAUGAAAAAACAGUAACUGUAGCUCCUAAAAACCAAGGGCCUUUGUUGCUGGAAGGACCAGGCAUAUCAAACAUACCCCAAGGGCAAAAGGAUGAAGCAGACAUCCCAGAACCAGGGACACACAGAGAUGCUAUCACCGCCCACACAGUCAGAAGGCCAGAAAUAAUGAUACUAGGAUACCAUGAAGUGCCAGAUAAAGCAAAGUCUAGAUUCUCUCCUGCUUUCCAAAUCGAGGACCGAUCCAAGGAUUCCAUUGUGAUCCCACCAAACCUCAGUGAUGGGGAGGGUCGUGGUAAUGCCACCAACCCCAGAGCAGAUGACAGCAUCCUGAUGAAGUAUCUGGGUGCUGAUGUGAAGUUCACCAUCACUGUGGCACUAUCCCUCAUUACGAUUCUGGCCGUUGUGUAUUAUUUUCCCAAGAGAACAGAGCAGUCCAUUAAAAUCAUGCUACAGAAACAGAUUGAGGAACAGAGGGAGAGAGACAAAAAGCAGAUGUCAGCUCAGACAUCUCUCCAGGGGAACAGAUCCUCGUCUGAAUUGUACGAAGCUGUCCCAGAAGGUCAUUACCAAGUUGGCAAGAUCUUUUAUAAUCCAAAACAUGUGUUAGGUCAUGGCUGUGAAGGAACAAUUGUUUACAGGGGGAAAUUUGACAACCGAGACGUGGCAGUAAAACGUUUGCUGCCAGAAUGCUUUACUUUUGCUGACAGAGAAGUAGAACUGCUGAGAGAGUCAGAUCAACAUUCCAAUGUCAUCCGAUACUUCUGCAUGGAAGCAGAUAGCCAGUUUAGAUACAUAGCUUUAGAAUUAUGUUUUGCCACUGUUCAAGAUCUUAUCUUGGGGAAGACACAGUACACAUACAAAAUGGAUGCCAUUGAUAUCUUAUUUCAGGCCAUGUCUGGAAUAUCUCAUUUACAUUCAUUGGAUAUUGUUCAUAGAGAUAUAAAACCUCACAAUGUAUUGCUGUCUCAGCCUGACACUAAAGGUCAGAUCAGGGUCAUGAUAUCAGACUUUGGUUUGUGUAAGAAGUUAGCAGCUGGUCGGAUAUCAUUCUCCCGUAGAUCCGGAGCAGCUGGUACAGAGGGAUGGAUUGCUCCAGAAAUGUUGGAUGAGGAGCAGAGAACAACCUGUGCUGUAGACAUAUUUUCAGCAGGAUGUGUAUUUUAUUAUGUCCUCACAAAAGGAAAGCAUCCAUUUGGAGAUUCCUUAAGGAGGCAGGCUAACAUUUUAUCGGGAGAUCACAAUCUGGAUAGCCUGCCAUUGACAGAGGGAUAUCUCAGAAGGAAUCUCAUUGAGAAAAUGAUUUGCUUUGACCCCAGUCAGAGGCCUAUAGCAAAAACAGUGCUUCAUCAUCCAUUUUUCUGGAGCAGAGAAAGACAACUCAUGUUCUUCCAGGAUGUUAGUGACAGAAUUGAAAAGGAGGCUGAAGACAGUGAAGUUGUUCAGCAAUUAGAAUCUGGUGGUUUGGAGGUUCUUAAAUUUGACUGGCGGCGACACAUCUCUGUUGAGCUGCAGAAUGAUCUUAGGAAAUUCAGAACUUACAAAGGACAAAGUGUGAGAGAUUUAUUGAGAGCCAUGAGGAAUAAAAAACACCACUAUAGAGAACUGCCUGAGGAGGUGAAGAACUCAUUAGGAGCUGUGCCAGACCAAUUUGUCUGCUACUUCACCACACGUUUCCCUAAACUUCUUACUCAUACAUAUUAUGCCAUGGUGUGCUGUAAACACGAACGCGUCUUUAAUCAGUACUACAAUAUGGAAGAAUAGUUAGUUCAACAUAACAUGGUGAUUUGCUGGAUCAUAGUGAUUUAUGUUUUGGGGUUUUUUGGUAUGUAUCCUGAGUUCAACAUCUGUACAAUCAUCAAGCAUGAUUUUAAGACUUGUUCUGAGUAUUUUUUUGGUACAUUCCUUGCUUUGUUUUUUUUUUAAUGUUGAGAGUAGGGCAUUUUUGUUUAAUACAUGUACCAUUUAUCAUGUUUGUUUGGUUUUUUUUUUUUCAUUCAGAUUUCCAUUUUUUUAACUUGUAGAUUUUGAUGUUACAGUUUAUAGAGCUAUUGUACAGAAUCCAAUUUCAUCCUUAACACCAUUAAUGACUCUUCAUUAUGACUAUAACAAAAUUCAUGAAACUUGUUAACAUACUCCCUAUAAUUUAAAAUGAUGUGUAUAUAUUCAGAUGUUACACCAUUUAUUGUAGCACUUAACAAAUUUUACAGAUUGAGCUUUUAUGUUGUUUUCAGUGACAUGAGUUGCAAAUUUCACAAGAAAUAAUGUCUAUAUUUCUAUCAUAUAUCAUAUCAGGGUGCUAUUCAUAUUUUGGAUAACAUGAUUCUGCUCAAGAAUCAUGUUACAUAAAAUAGUGUUGUAUUGAUGGAUGAUUGGAAUGCCUUCAUGUUGAAGAAUAUUGGAUUUAAUUUUAUGUCCAUGUAAUUGAAGAUUCUGGGGCAUAUAGUUUUUGGUCUGUCCAUCUGUUUAUCUGCAAAAACUUUAACCUUGGCUCCAACCUUUGAAUGGAUGGUGAUAGGGCUGUCGUGUUUCACAUGUGUAUAUUUAAAAAGACCUUUUAUUUGGUACCAAAAAUUUUUACCACAUGAUCUUGUAGUUUGACCUGCUUUUGAAACAUUUUAACCAUGGCCACAUCUUUUAAAUGUUUAGUGAUAGGGUUUGUAUCUCCCUUUUGACAAGACUUUUUCUUUAAGUACCAAAUCUUUCUACCCCAUUACCUUGACUGGGGAGUUUGACCUACUUUUGAAAUUUUUUUACUGUGGCCGUAACUUUUGAAUGGUUAGUGAUAGGGAUAUGUAUUCCUUGUGACAAGGCCUUUCUUUGGGUACCAGAAUUACUUUGCUGGCGUAUGGCAUCAGUGUUUCACAAACAUCUUGUUAUUGAAUAGAGUACAUGAAUUAUGAUGUGGAUAAUACAUGUGAUGUUUUUUAUGGUACAUUUGCUGACCUCCAUCAAAUUACUUUUAUUUAUGAUUUAAAAGGAGGAAAUGCAUCAUGGAAAUCUUUGAUUGUAUUGCUUUUAAAUUUGGAUGUGUUGGAUUUCAGGCUUUUCAACUGGUAUUUAAUACAUGUACAAUAUUCAGCAUGAGCAAUGAUCAAAUUAAGAGCUGUUCAUGCUGGAUAGAAUUUAAUCAAGAGCUUUAAUGGCAUUAGAUUUAAAUGUUGGGGGAAAAAAUGCUAUUUCUGUUGGAUACAUCCACAUACAAUGCACAUGUAUUGCAUUUUUUCUUCUUCAAUAAAGCAAAUUGAAAUUAUAUAAAUUCUAUUAUGUUUUGUAGAUGUUUUUUCUUUUAUUUUGCAAUAUUUUCCUAGUCUUACAUUCCUUGAAAAUGUUUGUAGUACAUGUGAAUAGUAAUUUAUUUUUUGUGUCUUGUUUAUAUGGUGUGCAAGGUUUAAUUGAUAGAUGUGUGUGUACUUGUAUGAACUUCCAUUGUAUAUCAUGCUGAUGGACUAUUGUAUAUCAGUUAAUUUUGGCAUCUUGGCAGAUUUUUCUCAGAAAAGUGGUUUGAAAAUAUUGGCCCUUUAUUUCUUGGCAGAUUUUUAUUAUAUGUAGUUAUGAUUCAUAUAAUUUGGUAUUUUGGCACUUUUUAUUUUUUGCAUUUUUUCAUCAUUCCCCAAAAAAGCCAAUAUAUAUUACCAAAGGACCAAAAUUAAUCAAUAUUCGGUGCUUUGGGCAAACAGUAUGUUGACAUGCUUUUUUUGUGAUGGUGGUUGUGUGCAUUUUAUAUUUCCUUCAUACAUUUAACUGAAUUGGAAUUUCCUUUUUUUUUAAUGCUAGUAUUCCAACAUUUUUUCAUCCAUCUGUAUAUCCACAACAUUCAAAUGAACCCCCUUUUACAUCUGUAUAUCCACAACAUUCAAAUGAACCCCCUUUUACACCGAUUGUUAAAUGCAGUAUUUGAUGUUUAUUGUAGAAAAUGGAAUUUGAAUGCGAGUAAGUUUUAUUGUGGUAACAGAUACAUUUGAGUAAGACACAAAUGUCUUUUGUACACUGUUAUAAAUAUUUGUUUAUAUAUUUUUAGAUAUAUGAAAAUAAAGGAUAUAAUUUAA